UUUGCCGAUCCGAUGUCAACGUCACCGGUUUGCGUGUGUUUUUCGGAGUUGAAUUUUCAUUGCUGUGAAUAUCCAUAUAAUUCCAUGUGGUGAUAGAUUAUUUCCGAUUUACAGUUUUCUUCCAUCUUUUAAAUAAGGAUAUCGGGGCACAAUCAGUCAACUGAAUUCUAAGAAAACGCAUCGUAUGUUAAAAUGGCAACGGAACGAAAAGGCACUUUUAAGGUAGAAUACCUACAGGCAAUCGAACGGCAGAUGCAAGACCGUUGGGAAAAAGAGAAACUGCACCAGAAUGAUGCAGCAGUGAAUGGGAGGAAAAGUUCAGAUGAGAAGUUUUUGGUUACUUUUCCGUUUCCCUACAUGAACGGUAGGCUGCAUCUGGGACACACGUUCUCACUUUCGAAGGCGGAAUUUGCUGUCCGUUACCAACGGCUAAAAGGGAAAGAGGUUCUGUUUCCGUUCGGGUUCCAUUGCACCGGUAUGCCAAUUAAAGCCUGUGCCGAUAAACUCAAGCGUGAAAUGGAAGAAUUCGGGUGCCCACCGGUUUUCCCCAAGGAUAGCGAAGUAGUUACUAUAGUCGAAGAGAAGGAUGUUAUUCCGAAGGACAAGAGUAAAGGUAAAAAGAGUAAGGCUAUGGCAAAAACUGGUGCUGCAAAAUAUCAGUGGCAGAUUAUGCAAAGUCUUGGGCUUAAAGACGAUGAAAUUAAGAAAUUUGCCGAAACCGAUCACUGGCUGGAGUACUUUCCACCGCUUGCCAUCCAAGACUUGAAAUCUGUGGGAGUUCACAUUGAUUGGAGGCGUACUUUCAUUACAACGGAUGCUAAUCCGUAUUUCGACUCGUUCGUUCGAUGGCAGUUUAAUCAUCUGAAAACACGCGGAAAGAUAAUGUACGGUAAAAGACAUACAAUAUUUUCGCCGAAAGAUGGGCAGCCUUGCAUGGACCAUGAUAGGUCCUCUGGAGAAGGUGUUGGACCACAAGAAUAUACGCUUAUUAAGAUGAAGGUUACUGGCAAGCUACCGGCCAAACUGGGCGCCGUGAAAACAUCUGUCUACUUGGUUUGCGGAACACUUAGGCCAGAAACCAUGUACGGUCAGACUAACUGUUGGGUUCAUCCGGAUAUAAAUUACAUUGCAUUCGAAACAAGUCGCAAUGGAGAGGUUUGGAUAUGUACAAGACGGGCCGCUAGAAAUAUGGUUUAUCAAGGAUUCACUGCUGUAGAAGGUCAAGUGAAAGAGAUCGCUGAGCUACAGGGCCAGGAAAUUCUUGGCUUGGCACUUUCCGCACCACUGACGCCAAAUAAAACUAUCUACACGCUUCCAAUGUUGUCUAUUAAAGAGGAUAAGGGUACUGGUAUAGUUACUUCGGUUCCCUCCGAUUCCCCUGAUGACUAUGCUGCUCUAAUGGAUUUGCACAAGAAAGCGGCUUUCCGCGAGAAAUAUUCAAUCACCGAUGAAAUGGUUUUACCAUUCCAGCCGAUUCCAAUAAUAGAGGUUCCUGGUUUGGGUAAGCUAAGUGCUGUUACCGCUUGUGAGCAGUUUAAAAUCCAAAGCCAAAACGAUCGGGAAAAGUUGACGGAGGCAAAAGAACUAGUGUAUCUGAAAGGAUUCUACGAUGGCGUUCUGCUGGUGGGUGAGCACGCUGGUAAAAAAGUACAGGAUGUUAAAAAGGAUCUCAAAAAGUACCUCGUCGAUCGCAAUGAGGCGGAUGUUUACUUUGAGCCAGAAAAGACGAUUAUAUCGCGUUCUGGAGAUGUCUGCGUGGUGGCUCUAUGUAAUCAAUGGUAUUUGAAUUACGGAGAGGAGAGUUGGCAGAAGAUUACCACGGAUCAUCUGAAAACUAUGGAAGUAUUUCACGAUGAAGUUAUGCGGAACUUUGAGAAUUGUCUCGACUGGCUGCAUGAAUAUGCCUGCUCGCGUACGUACGGCCUGGGCACAAAGCUACCCUGGGAUGAACAGUGGCUGAUUGAGUCCCUGUCGGAUUCAACAAUUUACAUGGCAUUCUAUACGGUUGCCCAUUUUUUGAUGGGUGGUUCGUUCCGUGGAGAAAAGCCAAGUCCUCUGGGUAUUACACCAGCUGAUAUGACUGCCGAGGUUUGGGACUAUAUUUUCUUCAACGAGGCCAAACUACCCGCUAAAAGUAAAAUUAAAAAGGAAAAUUUAGAGCUAAUGAAGAGGGAGUUCAAUUAUUGGUAUCCAGUGGAUCUUCGAGUCUCGGGUAAAGAUUUGAUACAGAAUCAUUUGACAUUUUUCUUGUACAACCACGUUGCUAUUUGGCCGAACGAUGCGUCCAAAUGGCCCCGCGGCAUUCGCUGUAAUGGUCACUUGUUGCUGAACUCAGCUAAAAUGUCGAAGUCUGAAGGAAAUUUCCUGACCCUCUACGAAGCAGUUGCCGUUUUUAGUGCUGACGGAACUAGGCUCUGUCUGGCCGAUGCCGGUGACAGUAUUGAGGAUGCAAACUUUGUUGUUAGCACUGCGGAAGCCGGCAUCCUUCGGCUGUAUACUUUCAUAGAGUGGGUAAAGGAAACACUUGGGUCGAAGUUUGCACUGCGCAAGGGCAAACUGGAUGAUUUUAACGAUAGUGUUUUCGUCAGUGAAAUGAAUCUGAAAACGAAGGAGACAGAUGAAUUUUAUCAAAAGAUGUUAUUUAAGGAAGCUCUCAGAACAGGUUUCUUCGAGUUCCAGUCAGCUAGAGAUAAGUAUAGGGAGUUUUGCGGAUCCGCUGGAAUGCAUGUGGAUUUGGUAGUGGAAUUUAUCCGUCGCCAAGCUUUGCUUAUCGCUCCUAUCUGUCCGCACGUUGCGGAGCAUGUUUGGGAACUGCUUGGCAAUAAAUCUAGCAUAAUGAAGGCCUCUUGGCCAACGGUUGGAGCAAUCGAUGAAAGGAAGAUCAAAUGUUCGGCGUAUCUGUUAGAUGCUGCACACUCGUUCCGUUUGAGUUUGAAAAGUAUUUCUCAAGUCAAAACUAAAGGUGGUAAAACGGCUCCUCCGCCGAUGGCGAAACCGACUGAAGCGACUAUUUGGGUAGCGAAAUCGUUUCCACCCUGGCAAUCUUGCGUGCUGGACACAAUGCGAGAACUGUUUGAGAAAAACAAAGGUUUUCCGGACAACAAGAUAAUAGCCGUUGAGUUGGGUAAAAAAGAAAUUCUAAAAAAAUACAUGAAACGUGUGAUGCCAUUCGCGCAAAUGAUAAGAGAACGUGUCGAAUCUACAGGCGGGCCUGGUAAAAGCGCUAUGAACGUUACACUGGACUUCGACGAGCGUGGGGUUCUACUGAAAAACAUGGACUAUUUUAAGAACACACUUGAGCUGGAAUCGCUGAAUGUUAGAUUUACGGAUGAACCGGACGCACCGGAGAAGAUGAAGGAGGAAGUUCGUCCCGGUGUACCGUACAUUGUGUUUACGGUAAAGCCCUGCGUAGCAGUUACAUUAGAAAACCCCAUCGAGCGGUCGGGUCUUUUCACUGUUAAUCUACAUUUGUCGGACGGAGACACCAGCAAAACCUUCAAAGAGAAAUUGGCGAAACAAAUCGGAUACAAAGCCGAUGUGAAUGAUUUGAAUAUCUUGCGAUAUCAAGAUCCGGAAAUGGGACCACGUAGGAUGCCUGCUUUCCAAGAUUACCGCAGCGGUAAACUAAGCCUUGAGGAAGGGAUUGUUAGUGUUGAUGCGGAAAAGAAAAAAGUAUUCCUGACGAAUGGAGCUGCGGAAAAUUUGAGUAUUGGAACGAGCUUCGUUUAUAUUAUUAAUUGAAGAAAAACGCGAGAGACACAUGACCUUGGCCUACCGACAGUUAGGGAUUGAAUAAUUAUUAUUUUGAAUUCGAA